GCGUUGAAGCUCCCAGCGCGGCGCCGCUUCCCUCUGAGGAAAGGCGCGGGGGGCGGGGUUGGUGCUCCCAAACUCGAUCAGCCGCUGAGGCGGAGGCGGGGCGCGGAAAAGGGGGCGCGGCCUCUGGGAGGAGAGCGCGGCUUGGCCCCGCCCCCUCCCCUCGGCAGGGCGAAGAGGGGUGGUUUAGCCUGGCAGCGGCAGAAGUGGAGCGGCUCCGUUGUGCGUUGGUCGGUGAGAGAGAGAGAGAGAGAGAGAGAGAGGAGAGAGGCAGGAGCGGGCGGCUCGGGGAUGAACGGGGCGGCCCCGCCGAUCUUUGACUGCAAGGAGCGCGCCCUGCUGCUGGGCGAGAGCUUCGAGAGGCAGCCGCGCUGCGCCUUCCACACCGUGCGCUGUGAGUGAGGAGAGUGGAGUGGAGCCACUGGCUGGGAAGCAGCAGGGGCUGCCAGGCAGGCAGGCAGGGAGGGAGGCAGGCGGGCGCCUCGAGCCCGUCCAGGUUGGCGUCGCGAGGUGGGGAAGAGUUUGGGUGAGGAGAGAUGGCUCCCUCGUAAGUGAACGCCCGACAACCUCAUAGCUGGUGUAUAUGUAAUAAUGAUGGGUGGUAACUUGCUAAUCGCCGUCGUCAUCACUGCUAUUAUGUUGGAAGCAGGAAGGUUGGCAUCUGUUUGGAAAGGAACGAAGUGCUUCAUCCAGAGCUAAGUCAGAAAUUUUGGAAGCGACGGGCACUUUGGACUUGCUGCGGGAAUAUUUUUUUUGGGGGGGGGAUUGUUUCCGCAAAUACCACGAACAAAUUGAGGGAAAGAAGCUGUCACUGUUUGACAUUGUAAGAGUUCAAGAAAGGAAUAAGGCUUUUUUUUAAAAAUGCCUUUAUUUGCUCAAUAUGAUAAAGCUCCAUACUUUUAAACCUAUCAGAAAUAUUAAAUUCAGCAUCCAGUGACAUCCAGUGAACUUUAAGAACCCAUUGUGUUCUUAAAAGCGACGAAGAAAACCAAAGGUGACCUGUCAAAUCUAAUUAGAAGGUCUGCAUGGAAAUGGGGAGAUCUGAGGUAUUUUGGUGUGUUUGGGGAGAGGAGGCAUAGGGGAUGAGUAGAGUGCCUAGAUAUUGCCCAACAACAGUCUCUACCACAGCAAUGAUAUAAAGAUGAGCAUAACUAUAGGUUAUUGUGAGUUUGAUUUUUUUUAAAUUAAGGCAAGAGACUGUUUAAGGUAUUGCAGCUAGGGAAUAUAAAACAAAGCCAUGCACUUCUUUUUGUAGGUGAUGUAUAUAUGUAUCUCAUGCUCAUGAACUCUUCUAACUUCACAGAGGAGCAAAAGCCAGGCACUGACUCUCAGAAAUCAUGGCUUCCAUGCUCACUAGAUGUAGGCAACAUUUAGCUUUCAAAUAUCUAAAUAUUUCAUGCAUUUGUGGCUUUUAAUGAAUUUAAGUAUCACUCUUCCAAUGGAGCUCAGGGUAAUACAUGCAACCUAUAAUAUAAGUAUUACAAACACAAUGCCAAAAGGAGAUCUUAGCAACUCAUUAAAACAUGGCUGCAUUUACACUGCAAUCUUUUACAUGCUUAUUUGGAAGCAAGCCCAAUGGUGAUGGUGUUUACUCCCUUGGGAAUUCAGAAUAGUAGUGUAUGGGUUUGAAUUGGCUUUAAAAAAGACCUGUUAAUUUGGAGUUGAAGCUAGUUCCUAGCCAUGUGGAAGUUUGAGAUCUAUUUAUUUAAAACUUAAACACUUUGUUACAGUGUCAAUAAUUAACAGGCUUAGUUAACAGGAUCAAGACCAAACUGGCAGUAACAAGUGUAUUUUUAGUAUACUAUUUUGAAAUAUUUCAAGAAAGCAGUAUGUUUUUAAAGCAAGCAAAGAAAGAAAGAAAGAAAGAAAAGUUAUGUGUCAGAUUGUCUUGACCUAACUGGGUGUCAGCAAAUUCAAUGUUUUAUUUUACUAAUGCCUAUGGUAAGUCAGAAACUCUUGGUAGAUCCUGUUUCUUUGGACCAUAAUAGAAUGCAGAAGGCUACAAAAUAGAAAAUAAAGCUGAAACUUAAUCUUUUAGAGCAUUACUGUGUUUCAGUAGAAGGAUUAAAAUCACUAUAUAUGUAACUAUUGAGAGUUCUACUUGUUACAAGGAUUUGGGGUAAUUUCAUUUAUGCUUGGGCAAUAUUUGUCUUUAGGUCUGAAAGUUCGUGAACCUUAGUUUUCCAUUAUUUUCUCUUGAAAAUUAGGUGCAAGUGAAUUUCAGUGCUCUAUUUAAAAAUCAUUCAGCAUAUCUUGGUGAAUUUGUACAGCUCCUACGUGUGGUGAAUCUAUGAUAGGUAUUAAGAAAACCUGGUCUGUGCACAUUUUGCAGUCUUUUGGAUAAUAAUGUAACUGAAUGUGGCAGGCAAACCAGCAUUAGAGAAGAGAUGAACAGAAUGAUCCAGCACCCUCACCUUCGCCUUGUGACAGGAUCACUGAUUAAGGGAGUAGUGAAAAACAUGACCUAAUAUAUGUAACUGUAACUUUUUUUACUUAGAUGAUUUCAAACCAGCAUCCAUUGAUACAUCUUGUGAAGGAGAUCUUGAAGUUGGUAAAGGCGAACAGGUGACAAUAACUCUGCCAAAUAUUGAGGUGAGAUUUUCUGUUCCCUUUGAGGGGAGGAGUCUAGCUAAUUCUUAAACUGUGGCACUCUUUUGUAAAUACAUGAAGAAUGUGGCAAUAACAUAUGCUAUGGUUGUGCCGGUGUUAAACCAAUGUAUUCUACUUCACAUAUUUACUGGGUGGAUGGGGAAAUCCACCUGGGUGGGUUAUAAAUCAUCAUCAUCAUUUCACUUCAUUAAAAUGCAGUGGUCAUACAUUUGGAAGGCACAGCCAAUCAGAGUUCAACACUGAGGAAGGCAUAUCUGUACUGUUCACUUUAUUGAUUCUUAUCUCCUUCAACCCUGCCACACACACUUUGGGUAGCUUUGACACAUAGGUAGAGCCAUCCACCUGCCAAUCAUCUGAUGGCACAAUAACAUCCUUGCUUGCAAAAUGCUUUGCCUCCUAGACGGCACUAGGGAGUUCUUGAUGGAGACCUUUCUAGGGCAACUGAUCCCAGUGGGUUUCUCUGUCGAUGAACCCUGCUUGCAAAGGAACAAUCUGAGGAUUACUUUCAGUUCCUUGUUGUUUCUUUUGAACCACAUCCAUACCUGCCCAUUUGUGAUUCCCAGUACAGUAACUGGGUACAGCAUACUGCCUCUGACAGUAGGAUGCCUGUCAUGGGACAGGUGGGAGGAACAGCUUCACAGACCAAACUGGGACCCAUACAGAGCCUGAUUAGUUCUGCGGGCUGGAGUCUCUCUACCCCUGAUGUAUUGAUACAUAUUUUUGCUGUUAUGUUGUAAGCUGCAUGGUCAUAUUUAUGUGGAAAAAAAGCCUUGUCACCUCCCUGACCUGUUCUUCAUUUUCUAUUAAUUAUUUCUCUUAUUCACACUAGUAUUUGGCCAAAAACAAUUUUGUGGUGUUUAUAAUCUUUGUUUCAUGAGAUAUGUUUGCAAUUCUCUGAUAGGAGUGACUUUUUUGAGGCUAUGUUGUGAAACUUAUUAUGAGAUAGCUUAAUGUUCAUUUUCUUAAAUAUGCCAAAAAUAUCCUCAGUAAAUAAUUGGCAGGCUAGAAAGCUCAAAUGGUUGUGUUAAAGUGAUCAAAAUGGAUUGGGAAAAGGCUGUAUGCAACCCUGACAACAAUAAGCACAGUGUUCUGUGAUAGUUUCCCUUUCCCCAUAUUCUGGUAUAGAUUUUAAGAACAAAAGAUGAAGGGAGUAUAGUUCAAUCUUUGUUGGUGGUGAUUGAUGGUUACUGGUGCCAACAAGCACUUGCUUUUUUAUUACCGCUUCAUAAUUGAUAGAAUAUGUUAAUAAAGGAGUUGGUUGAAAUUUUAUUUGGUUAUAUGACAGGUUAGGAGAAUGAGUCAGCUUUCAAGUGGAUGGAAUUCAGCAUAUUGAGAGGAACCUUGAAAGAACUAAAAAAGAAAAAAAAGCCACUUGGUCAAUGAAAAGUCAAUCCAUUUUCAUCUUGAGGCCACAUUUUGUAAUAAAUCUUGGAGUCCUGCAAAAUCACUGUAGCAAAACUGGCUUCAUUCUCUGCCUUCUUAUAAUAAUGAAAUACAUGCUGUUAGCACAGUGUGUUGUGAAAAGUGCAGGAUUUUAAAUCAUGAAAUAGACUCUUUAAAAAAGCAGUUCUAGAAGUGCUUGUAGUAGGAGUAAUUUUCUUUUGAUUUAAAAUAGGGUUCUACUCCACCAGUAACAGUUUUCAAAGGUUCCAAGAAGCCAUACCAAAAAGAAUGCAUCUUGAUAAUUAACCAUGACACUGGAGAAUGUAGACUAGAGAAACUUAGUAGCAAUAUCACUGUGAAGAAAACCAGGUGGGUGGAAAAUUGGAAACACUCUUGUUUUCUUACUCAUUAUGAAAAUUCCAUAGUAAAAGCAAUUUUGUCUAAAUUAGGAAAAAGAAAAACUGACUGCUACUUUCUUUUAAGAAAGAGACUGAAGCAAUGACCCAGUUCACAUGUAACACUAAGCCAAACCAUGGCUUUGCACAAGCAUGCAUAUGUGUGAGUUCCCAGAAUGAAGAUCACGGCUGCUGCACUCCUCCCCCUGCCCUGUUGCUAUCAUACUACCUGGGGUUAAGCCAUAGUUUGAUUUGACAAUAAGUUGAAACUAGGGCUUGUGGCUUGUCUCACUCUAGACAAACCAGAAUCUGUAACCAAAGUUCUUGAUUUACUACUCCUGGUUUGUCUUGUGACCUAGUUCCGUAAGCCUAUUGAUUUCAACUCAGAAAGUAACAUUGGAUAUCAUCACCCAGUUCAAUUUGUUUGCAUUUUUGGGGUGGUGUUUGGAGAACAUUUCACUGGAACCUGCACAGACUUAGCAUUUGUUAAGUACUGCACAUAAGAGCUUUCUUAUUAUCCAUCAAAAGUGGUGAAAAAUCAGUUCUUCUAAAACUACUUGGAAACAAAAGAAAUGGCUUUAUAGAAUUCACAGAUACAACUUUGUUUUUCAACCCUUUCAUACAGAGGUGAAGGAAGCAGUAAGGUCCAGUCUCGUAUUGGGCAACAGCAACAGCUAAUUCGAAAUGCAAAUAAGAUUCCAAAUAGUGUUAAAUGUUCUCCACCAAAAGAGAAGAUGUCUCCACCACCUUCUCCUAUGGAUGAUAUUGAAAGAGGUAAGUUGUAAUUGAAUCUCAUAUUGUUCAGAGUCUUAAAUUAUUCUGUAGUUUGAAGGUUUUGAGGUUGGAGUCCAUGACCUAAUUUUCAUUUAUGUGGUAAGCUUGUCUAGUCUUUGCAGCUCACAUGACUGAAUGCUUCCCUCUCACUCCCUGCCCCAGCAUGUAGAGGAAUGCAUAAUGGUGGGAAGGUUCUAACCUAGCUGUUCCCUAACAUUCCAGUUUUCUAUGUGAAGGAAUCGUUUUUUCUAUGGAGGAGGAUUCAACUACAGGAGCCAAUCCUUUGUAGUCUGAAGUGGUACAGCCCAUACAUAGAUUUACCACCUCAGCGAGAAAUAUGCUUGUGUUGCAGUUUUUCUAACCCUAUAUUGUCUUGAAGUAAUGAAUACCAGGCUCCAACCAGCCAAUGCCAUGUCUCUUUCACAACAAAAGUGGCACAGUUAGCUUUUGAAUUAGCCCUUUAAAUAUGGUAGCCUUCAAAAGUUUUUACUCUUCUGCUUUUUACACAGAAGAUGGUGGAGGAUAGUUAGAACUGUCCAUCCCUUUUCCAGCUUCUCUUAGGAAUAAAAAGCAGGCCAGUAAAAAUAUUUGCAGACUAGAAAUGCAGAAGGCUGGCAGAAGAGGUAUGAAGUACUGCCUACCUCCUCCACCAGCUGUUUGGUUUUUGUCCUGAGCACAGGAAGGGGUUUCACCUCCUCCACAUCCAGCAUAGAAGUGCAGCAGGCUGGAAGCAAAGAAAUGGAUUACUCCUUAUCUUCACCACUAGCUUGUCAAUGGAUGCCCAGGUUGAAGUUUUGCCUCCUGUGUGUCCAGCAACCAAAUGCAAUGGGCUGGUGAAGGAUGGAUUGCUCUGUUCCUCUUCCAUCAGCUUGCUUCAUUUCUGCGUUGACUUGGGAAGAAAGGGGGUUACUUACUCUACAACCAUCAUGGAUAGCUCAGCCAGUAGAGCAUGAGACUUUUAACCUCGGGGUCAUGGGCUCAAGCCCCAUGUUGGACAAACAUUCUUGCAAUGCAGGAGGUUGGACUAGAUGACUCUCAUGGUCCCUUCCAAUUGUAUGGUUCUAUUAGAUCGAGUGUCUGGCCAUCUAUUGAGAGCAUGCAAAUAGUUUUAAUACUACAUGCUUCCAGUUCAAUAGUUGUUAACUAACUAUUUGUGUAAAGAGGUAUCAGAAGCAUUUGCAGUCUUGUAUUUUAGCGACUAUCAAGGGUUGCUUAAAUAAGGCUUUGCUCUCUUUAUGGAUGAAUACAUUCAAAUAAAAGUGGUUUCACAAUCAUAAAUGGACAGCCCAUCCCUUGAAAAAACAAAGACAUAUGAGUGGAAAGAAGUGUGACAGAAGUCCUUGUGGGAUGGGUAACUAGAGCAAAUAUUAAUGUUUUGUGUUAUCGCUGAUGGGCUGUUCAGACCUAAGAUACUGAAAAUGUUCAGCCAUUGUUUGUUCCACAUAGAACUGGCUACAAAUCCCCUGCUCUGACUUUAUUUAUCUCUACCAUCCCAGCCACCACUAGAAAAAGUAGUAUGGUAUGACAUAAAAAUGCUAAUGACAACAGUGUACUGUUCUGUUAGUGUUGGUCUAUCAUUUGGGUCUUCCUUCCAUCUUAGUCCAAUGAUUGCUGACAGCUUACAUAUAUCAUUAGGUCCCCAUCCUUGUCUUCUUCCCUUAAUUGCUUGAAAUGGUCUCAUCUCCUUACCCAAGGUGAACCUGCCGAUUACAUCAUUUUGCUAUAUGUUGUUUAAGGCAAGCUUAGUCAUAUAUUUUAUAAGAUUUCCUUCAUAACCCUGAGGGCAAGAUUCUUUUAGAGCAUUAACCUAAAAACUUUACAAAUUUAAAAAGUAUCCUGGUUGCUUAGGUACACCUUUCAGAGCCUUGGGUGACCAGAUAACUGGCAAUACAUGGCUGCCUUAAAAUCUAAUGUGCACCAUGAGGAAAGGAAUAUGGGUAAUACCUUAUUCUGCAUGCAGUCACUCUAAAUAAAUGCUUCUGGUGGCUUAAAAGUAACUUAGUAGAAUGUCAUACUGUGUUCAUUUGGCCAGCUGAACUUCCUGCUGAAAAGUUGGGGCAAGCAGCCGGAAAGGAAGAUGUUACAUGUUGAAUUAAUGCUGGCAGAUGGUUGCUCUGUUUAUUGAUAACGAGGACUGAAUCCUUGAGUACACAGUGCAAAAAAUGGAAUUUCUCAUGCAGGUGUUUCUUUGUAACUAUAAUGAGAAAAUUCUGUCAUUUCUUUCCUUGAACAGUUGCUAAAAAGUAGCCAGUUCUGCAGGGGAGGGUGUUCAAGGGCACAUGAAAUCUGAGAGACUCUUCUAGAAGGGUUGGUUAGUUUGGUUUAAAACUUGUUCUGAGUGACUCACAAAAUCCCAAAGCUGUUUUCCCACAUUCUAGCAGCCGCAUCAUUAUGCAUAAAGCAUUGUGUUACCUGAUAGUUUCCCGUCGAGAAACUUGCUUUUGUGCUAGGGCCCAUGACGGAAGCAUGGGAACAGUAGCAUUACUGAGCAAGUUGCUUUGUGUGCAAAAAUGCACUUGCAAAUAAUAAUAAUUAUGCUGGCUAAACAGUAAGCCCCAAACAGGAGUGCUGUAGCACUUCUGUUUGGAAUGACUAUAGCACAGUACAGGAGCACUACAACACUGGAUUUGGGACUGGUUCAGGAUCUGUCAUGAUGUCUUACCAUGGGUCCUUUACUUCUUUAAGUUCUAAUAUCAAUAUCUCUAUAAAUUAGCAGUGCUGAAUUUUGCUCUGAGAACAAUUAAUGUCCAAGUGUUGGCAAUUUUUUUUUUUAACAUUAAUAUCGUAUGUUAAAAUCUGAUAUUCUGUAAACCCUCUUUUAGUAUUUCUAAUUAUACCUUAUUUAGCUAUGUCCAUAAAAAAACGUAAGGAAUUUAUAAAGCAAAUACUGAGAGACAUUAGAUAUCUUAUGGGUGCAUUUCCACCACUAUGUGAGCCUGUUUUGGCUGUAUUUUUUUCUGAGGCUAUGCUAUCUUUCGUAUUUGAUGCCAUGGAAUGAGCUAGCUACAUGGAAGCCACCAAGCAGACACUGAGCCUAGAAUGGUUUUUUUGCCUAUUGUUGUAACAGCAUGAAAAAACACUGGUUGUGGUGGUGGGAGAAGUUGACUAAGGAUCAACAUGUGGCUGGUGGCAGAAAUCAGCUGUCACAUAAGCAACUCACCCUUGAUAAAAGUGGCAGCUGCUGUGGCCUUAAUUUGAUUAAAUUUUUAGGGCUGCUAGAAUAAUACCUGUUGUCUAAUGAUGUUGUGAUACAGCAGUCUGGGAAGUCUGGCAAUUAAAUUUAUCGCCUUCUUCUCCUCCCUACCCUCUGCCUAGUUUGGGAAGGUUACCUUUAUACCUAAGGAGUAGAAUAUUGAUUAUCAGAAUUGAUUAUUCUGUUUGUCUUUCCAGGAGGCAUACAUUGUGCUCCUAUUUUAUAGUUUAAGUUACUAUGUGGAGUGAGGCUGAGAGAUGGUGACAUCAAGGCAUUCAGUGAUUGUUGAAGUAAAGAAACUUCGAGGUGUGCAGGCAAUUAUUUAUUGAGCCCAAUGUGCUUUGAAUGGAGUACUUCCUCAGUUGAACAACCAAUUGAAACCAAUUUCAAUCCUCCUGAGAGGAGACCAGGAUUUAAACUUGUAGUUCAAGAAUGCCCCUGAGGAAGAAUUAAAUUCUAAACAUGCUGAGAUCAAAUAAAUGUUUCCUGUGCAGCUGGAAAUUUUCUUCCCUUCCUUUUUUCUGCAGUUGAGACCUCUCUGCUUCUUCUUUCUUGAGUAAGGAUUUCACCCUGGCUUCAACACUAUCUAUACCAAUGAGACGGAAACAUGGAAGGUGCCUAAAGAAGCCAGGGUGGCUAUCUAAAGAACUUUUAACUGAGUUAAGAUUAAAAAAGGAUGUGUACAAAAAAUGGAAAAGGGGGGAAACCACCAAAGAGGAGUUCAAACAAAUAGCCAGCACGUGUAGACACAAAGUCAGAAAAGCUAAAGCACAGAAUGAACUCAGGCUUGCUAGAGAGGUUAAAAGCAACAAAAAGGCUUUUAUGGGUAUGUUCGUAGCAAAAGGAAGAACAAAGAAACAGUGGGGUCACUCAGAGGAGAAGAUGGUGAAAUGCAAACAGGGGACACAGAAAGGGCUGAACUCCUCAAUGCCUUCUUUGCCUCAGUCUUCUCCGAUAAAGAAAACAAUGCCCGACCUGAAGAAUUUGGAGCAAAUGAUUCAGCAGAGGAAACACAGCCCAGAAUAACUAAGGAGAUAGUACAAGAAUACUUGGCUAGUCUAGAUGUAUUCAAGUCUCCAGGGCCAGAUGAACUGCAUCCAAGAGUAUUAAAAGAACUGGCAGAUCUCAGAAGCACUGGCAGUCAUCUUUGAGAAUUCCUGGAGAACAGGCGAAGUCCUGACAGACUGGAGGAGGGCAAAUGUUGUCCCUAUUUUCAAAAAGGGGAAAAGAGAGGACCCAAAUAAUUACUGCCCAGUCAGUCUGACAUCAAUACCAGGGAAGAUUCUGGAGCAGAUCAUUAAGCAAACAGUCUGUGAGCACCUAGAAAGGAAUGCUGUGAUCACCAAUAGUCAGCAUGGAUUUCUGAAAAAUAAGUCAUGUCAGACUAACCUGAUCUCGUUUUUGACAGAAUUACAAGCCUGGUAGAUGAAGGGAACGCAGUGGAUAUAGCCUACCUUGAUUUCAGCAAGGCAUUUGACAAGGUGCCCCAUGAUAUUCUUGUAAAGAAGCUGGUAAAAUGCGGUCUUGACUAUGCUACCACUCAGUGGAUUUGUAACUGGCUGACUGACCGAACCCAAAGGGUGCUCAUCAAUGGUUCCUCUUCAUCCUGGAGAAGAGUGACUAGUGGGGUGCCACAGGGUUCUGUCUUGGGCCCGGUCUUAUUCAACAUCUUUAUCAACGACUUGGAUGAUGGACUCAAGGGCAUCCUGAUCAAAUUUGCAGAUGACACCAAACUGGGAGGGGUGGCUAACACCCCAGAGGACAGGAUCACACUUCAAAACGACCUUGACAGAUUAGAGAACUGGGCCAAAACAAACAAGAUGAAUUUUAACAGGGAGAAAUGUAAAGUAUUGCACUUGGGCAAAUAAAUGAGAGGCACAAAUACAAGAUGGGUGACACCUGGCUUGAGAGCAGUACAUGUGAAAAGGAUCUAGGAGUCUUGGUUGACCACAAACUUGACAUGAGCCAACAGUGUGACGCGGCAGCUAAAAAGCCAGUGCAAUUCUGGGCUGCAUCAAUAGGAGUAUAGCAUCUAGAUCAAGGGAAGUAAUAGUGCCACUGUAUUCUGCUCUGGUCAGACCUCACCUGGAGUACUGUGUCCAGUUCUGGGCACCACAGUUCAAGAAGGACACUGACAAACUGGAACGUGUCCAGAGGAGGGCAACCAAAAUGGUCAAAGGCCUGGAAACGAUGCCUUAUGAGGAACGGCUAAGGGAGCUGGGCAUGUUUAGCCUGGAGAAGAGGAGGUUAAGGGGUGAUAUGAUAGCCAUGUUCAAAUAUAUAAAGGAUGUCACAUAGAGGAGGGAGAAAGGUUGUUUUCUGCUGCUCCAGAGAAGCGGACACGGAGCAAUGGAUGCAAACUACAAGAAAGAAGAUUCCACCUAAACAUUAGGAAGAACUUCCUGACAGUAAGAGCUGUUUGACAGUGGAAUUUGCUGCCAAGGAGUGUGGUGGAGUCUCCUUCUUUGGAGGUCUUUAAGCAGAGGCUUGACAACCAUAUGUCAGGAGUGCUCUGAUGGUGUUUCCUGCUUGGCAGGGGGUUGGACUCGAUGGCCCUUGUGGUCUCUUCCAACUCUAUGAUUCUAUUAUACCACACUGACACAUAAAUACCGUUCCUUUGCUUACUGUCUUGAGGUCACUCUCAAAUACUACUCUGAGUUUAUUUAUUUUCUUAAAAUUUAAUAUUGUGAUCAUGUAAGUAAUGAAGUUAGUUCUUAAAUUCUUUUCCCUUCCACUUAAAUCUUAUUUUCAGAGCUAAAAGCAGAAGCUAAAGUUAUAGAGCAGAUGAGUAGCUCUGAUAGCUCAUCUGACUCUAAGAGUUCAUCCUCUUCAUCAAGCAGUGAAAAUAGUUCUAGUGAUUCAGAAGAUGAAGAGACAAAGCCACCCCUUCCUCUGUCAAUGCCACACCUACAGCCUUCGAUGAUGACUGUCUCACAGCGAGCCUUCCCAGAUGUAGAUGCUGGAUAUCACAGAAGUCGAGAGGGCCCUGGCCACUUGAUGAACACACUGCGUAAGUACCGGUACAUGAAGCAGAGAAGCUUGUGAGAUUCAUACUUGAGGAAUCUAAAAGGAAACCACACACUUUUAUAACUUUCUCAUGUAACUUAAGCUUUGUCUGUGUAAAGAGGGUUUGACCUACUGAGGUUUAGAUCAGAAGCUGGGAUAAAAGCUGUUUUGACCACUGAUUAUGGUAAAUUAAAGCUUAUGCAGUUUACAAUGUCAUAGAUGAUACUGACUGCUGCUGAAUUGUAUACAGUGGAAUUAAAAACCAGUAAUUUGUUCUGGAGACAUUCAGACAUCUCAAAAGGAGUUGCUUAAGUGUUUAGUGCAGUAUGGCCUAACUCUCAAUGCAAUAAAAUGCCCAAUCAACAGGGCCAGAUCAGAUUCACUAAUAAAACUGUGUUAUGUACAGUAGGGGUAUCUAACAACUCUCAUCAUCCCUAACCAUUGGCCAUGCUGGCUUGGGCUGGUGGGAGUUGAAGUCCAGCAACUUCUGGAGGGCCACAGAUUCCAUACCUCUUUCAUUUGUGGUUCUGCACCUUUGUUCCUCAUGACAAAGUGAGGAACUUCUGCUCCCUCUCUACCCUUCAAUGCCUCCUAAAUCUGUUAUUGGUGUUCCCCCACCCCACCCCCUGGAGCGGAUUAGGGGGAGGGGAGUUUCCAUGUGGCAAAAGGAAAUAUUUGUGCUAACAGAACUACUUUACUAGAUACAACCACCCUAACUUCUGUGAUCUCUAUUGCCAUUCAGUUAAAUUUCCUGCAACUUUUUUGCUCUAACGCUUCCAAUAAAAAAAUAAAAUACAGCUUUCCAAGCUGGAUAAUGUUUGUUGAAAGAUGAGAUUUAUGUGGCCCAUGUGCAUAAUGUAGAGGUCAUGGAAGAUGCAUAAAGAAUUUAGACCAUAGGGCAUUAGAGAUCUAUGGUUGGAUCUCCUCUCCAUUUAAAAAUAUAUCUCAAAAAUAAGCAGCUGGUGGUAUAGAAAGUAGGAUCCAGAUGGGGACUAUGGUAUUGGGUGUGGAUUUCCUGGUGAAAACUGCCUCCCCCAAUGUGCUAUUUGCUUCAUCUUAAUAGUUUUCUUCUAAAUAUGGCUCUUAAUUUGCACCUGAAUUCACCGUUUGACGGGAGCUUUAUGUUUAGACCAAAGAGACUAAUGUACUGGGAGAUAUUCGCUGCUUCAUGGAAAAUAAUGUUAUCUGGAGUUGAUAGCAUGACUUUUUAAAAUUUUUAGGGAAUGAUCUCCAGUUGAGUGAAUCUGGAAGUGACAGUGACGACUGAAGGUAGUUGACAUCAUUUCCCUGGAUGAAGAUGAAAAUGCAUUUGUUUUGCACUACGUAUGAACUGAUAAUAGACAGAGGAAUGUUACCAACUUUGAUAAUAAAGUUGUCUUAAUUUUUCUGAUGUUGUGGUUCAAGUUCAUCAGCAUUCUUUUUGCCAUAACUUUAUAUGGCUCUUCCAAAUGUUUGGGUUUGGUACUUACUCUUUUUAGCUGAAUCCAGAGUUUAGCCUUUACUACCUCCUGUACUUAGAAGUUUCAGACAGCUAACUACUAUGUGUAAGUUAGACAUGGAGGAAGUUCUUGCUUAUACAUUUUGGAUUGAAGUUUCAUUUGAGAACCUGUGUCUGCAUGUGUAUGUAUAAGUAAGAGAAAGCAAACAGUUGAAACCCAUUAUGCUUUUAUUUCUUACAGCUAAUGUUAUGAAAUAAAUUGCCAAACAGCCACAUGGCACUAUCUAAUGUUUUGAGCAAUACAGCAACACAUUUUGAAGUUCCUUGUGUUUCCCAGUUUGCAGUCUCUCACACUAGAGAUUUUCCCCCCUUUAUAAUAAACUUGGCUUAACUGAUAGCUUCAGCAUCUUGCUAGCUAAAUGUAGAAUGCUGUGCAACACAAAUGUGUUUCAUUAAAAUUCUGUUAAGAUCAAUGUAUUAGUUUUGAUAGGAAUUCAAGAAAUAUUAAAAUAUUUAUCAUUUC